AGACAACAAAACGAGUGCCACAUUGGGUCACUCAGGGCGGCGAAGGCAACGGCGCUCACCAAUCCACGUGCUGGGGCCAUGGAGCCGCCUGGCGGUGUACCGCCAGAUAGAGAUCGUCAAUUGGUAUUAAAACAGAUGGUGACAUUUCAUGAACGUCCCGAUGCCAGUCUGUGCGGCAAGGGUGGCACCCCAAUUCCCACUACAGCUGUCACUCCCAAUCCGGCAUUUGCCUCAACGGCCACUGCAUAUUCGGCCACAACGCAGGCUGCCACGGCCUUCAGUGGUUCAUCGAUUGGUCAUGCCUUGGUAAAACAUCAUGGUGGUCCGGCACAACAUUCCGCGGCAUCGUUGCAGGGCAACUCGUCGGGUUCGUCGCCAUCACAACAACAUGGCAGUGGUAGCAGCAGUAGUAGUAGUUCGACCACUUUACAGUCAUCAACAUCGACUGCAAGUGGUAGUACCACGCAACAGCAAACGUUAGAGAAGCUGUCGAGGCCCAUGGCAUUCGAUAAGAUGGAAGCCCUAGUCCGAGAAAUGCAAGAUCCCGAACAUGGAGUACCAGUAAGGCAACAAAAGAUGUUUCUCACUUCCAUUCCUUAUGCCUUUAUGGGUUACGAUCUUAUCGAAUGGCUUAUGGAUCGCCUACAAAUCGAAGAAUCCGAAGCGCUGAACAUUGCCAAUCAAUUGUGUUUGCAUGGUUACUUUUUCCCCGUGAACGAUUCCAAAACGCUGUCCGUCAAAGACGACUCUUCUCUGUAUCGCUUUCAGACACCCUACUAUUGGCCGUGGCAACAUAAGGCACCCGAUAAUGUUGAAUAUGCCAUCUAUUUGGUUAAACGUACGCUGCGUAAUAAACAACGUCACGCCUUGGAAGAUUACGAAGUGGAGGCAUUAUCCUCAUUACAUAAAAAUCUCAAAGGAAAAUGGGAAAUUAUCUCGAUGCAAGCUGAGGAACAAGUACGUUUGGCCAAGGAACGUAAGAAGGGUGAAAAAAUUGUAGGUGACUCACAGGAGCGGGCCUAUUGGCGAGUGCAUCGUCCACCACCGGGACAAUUUACACCAUUGGAACCGUGUCCGGUGCCAUCAAGAGAUCGUCAGGGCACAAAGCAGAAUAAAAAGAAAACCCUCGAGGAUAUGCAACGUGAUGUAGAUUAUUUGAAAAAGUCCCUCAAUCGUACACGAAUGAAAAUGUCACAGGCCUGUGAAUCAUUGGUAACCUAUUCGGAAACAUUUUCCGAUUAUGACUUUUUCCUACAACCUGUCUUGCCCUCAAAUCCAUGGGUCACCGAAGAUACCACCUUCUGGCAGUUGAAUAAUACUUUUGUUGAUAUUCCAACGGAAAAACGGGUAAAACGUUGGGCCAUUUCCAUAGAAGAGUUGGUGUCAGACCCCACCGGUCUGCAGGAGUUCACCACCUUUUUGGAAAAAGAAUACUCUCAUGAAAAUAUACGUUUUUGGAUAGCGGUAAAUCGUUUGCGUAGGUCUGCUCACUCUCAGGUGCCACGUAAAGUCCAGGAGAUAUAUGAGGAAUUCCUUAAACCUGGCGCUCCCUGUGAAAUCAACAUCGACGGCAAGACCAUGGAAAGUGUUCUGAAGGGCCUCAAGAACCCCUCACGCUUCACCUUCGAUGCCGCCUCCGAUCACAUCUACAUGCUGUUGCUAAAGAAGGACUGCUAUCCUCGUUUCAUACGUUCCGAUCACUAUAAGCGUCUGGUGGAGACGGGCAUCCAGCCCUCGCACAAGAAACGUUUCUUCAACUUUGGCGGUGUCAGUGGUGCCAAAAAGAAAAUGACUGCCGCCUUGUCCAGCCAACCGAAUCUGGGUGGCAACACAGAGUCCAGUAGCAAGAGUACAAUGGCUGCCAGUGGUAAUUCGUUUAUAAUGUCCACGGCCCCGCCACCGGGAAGCUUGACUAGGCGACGCGGCAGUGAUCGUAGUCUAAGCGGUUCCGCUCAUGAGCUGGCGGUAAUGGGUGUGAACAAGGAUAGCAGCUCCAAGGUGCCACAUUCUCAUUCGCAGAGUAAUCUAAGUGAGAUACCGUUCAGGUAAGUGAGCCCAUCCCCCCAAAAA